ACAGUUACAAAGUCGCUAUAUUGGCUGUUGUAAAAUUGUAUGAAGACUCUGCUUUUUGGGGUAAAUUUACGGUUAGGCAUAAUGCUAGCAGUGUGAUUAGGCUUAUCUUUAAAAUCAGGUUUUAAGAAGAUACAUUGUAGAAAUAGACGGGGUUAGUCAUAAUUAUGACUUUGUGGCUACUCGUGACAACCACGUCCCUCCCAUGAUUAUUAACGUUACUGUUGCUGGCUACAUCAAAUAACAUAUCGUCAGAUAACGUGAACAUUCAUUAUACUGUCAAGAUGACUGCUUAUAAACGUCCGCUGAUGGGAACUGUCCCAUGAGGAACAGGCUAAUCAGCGCUAAGGACAGAGGGAGGCACAUUAACUUCCUGACAACAACAAGAUGAGGAUUUCAAAGCGUUGUGGCUCCAACAGACGUUUGUUGUUGCCCUUGCUGGUCCUUGGGUUGAUGAUCUUACUGGCAGUUGUAACCCUUAAUUGGUUUGAGACUGAAUCACAGAUGCCUUUGGCAUGGCACGUGGAUCCCAACCACCGAAAGCUUGUGCACUCUUUUGUACGGGGUGUUCUUUUGAACCAGUGCAGACCAGCCUUUGCCAGAAAGGGAGUAGAAGCAAGGCUCCAGAGCUCUAGUCAUGUGACUGAUCCUUUCCUGUGGCGGGACACACUGCUGACUCGAGAGAUGUUCAAGUACCCCCCACCAUUCGGGUUCCGUGACAUGCAUGGCAAACUGAAGGAUGUCCUCAACCUCCUCCCUGCUCAACCAGAGCAGCUGAAGAAAGAGUGCAGACGCUGUGUGGUCUUGGGAAAUGGAGGAAUCCUCCGUGGCCUUGAGCUGGGCGCCCUGCUUGACCAGUUUGAUGUUGUCAUUAGGCUCAAUAGUGGUCCUUUGAGGAACUACAGUAAAGACGUGGGGAACCGGACCUCUAUCCGGAUGAGCUACCCAGAGGGAAGCCCCAAGGUCUGGGAAGAUGUGGACCCUGAGCUGCAGUUUGUGGCGGUGGUCUACAAGGCUGUAGACUUCAAGUGGAUCAGAGCAAUGAUCAAUAGACAGAAAGUUUCCCUUUGGGACUGGCUGUUUUUCUGGCAGAAGGUGCCAGAGAAGAUUCCAGUAGACUUAUCAAAGUUCCGUUUAUUGAAUCUGGAGAUCAUCAGGCAGAUGGCGAUGGACCUGUUAGCCUACUCCUCCCCACAGAAACGCCUCUGGGGCUGGGACCAGAACGUGCCCACCAUGGGCAUCUCAGCCCUCAACCUGGCCACCUACCUAUGUGACGAGGUCAGCCUAGCAGGCUUUGGUUACAACCUCAGCCAGAAGGAGACGCCCCUGCAUUACUAUGACAAUAUACCCAUGACCGCUAUGCUGGGGCAGAACAUGCACAACGUGGACCGUGAAAGGGCUCUCCUCCGGAGCCUGGUGAGGGAAGGGACUGUAUCAGACCUCACAGGGGGCCUGCACUGCACCUUCUGCCCCAGCUGAAAGAGACUGAUCUGGGCCCGCAGUGCAGCUAGCGACACACCAACGAUCUACCUUCCACUGACUUAUCAUUCCAAUACUUUUCACCCUGGAAUUCAAAAAGUUGAUUUGAGUCUAUGGAUCUGGGUACUUGACUGCAAACUCUUCUAUGUUCUAGUGCAUGCCAGCAUAUUGAAUCUGCAUGGACUAGAUGUGCUGACAUGAUGGGGAACAGUGAAGCUGUACACUUCUCCCCUGCGCAGUUGAAAACGACAAGCCUAAAUCCUUCUAUAAGGGAAGUAUUAUCACUGCAAAACUUAAAUGUUUUUUGUAUUUAUUAAGAGAUCAUGUAUAAUUACUUAAUUAAAUCUUAGCAUAAAGUUGAUGCUAAAAAGUGUACAAACACUUAAAUAUUGUGAUUAAUAAACAGAUGUACUAACAACAGAUAAUUAACAUUACCUUUUUUAUGCUUUCGAUUUCAAGUUGAAUGUUUAGUUUGUCCACAAGAUGUCUGAAUUUUGUUGUGUUUUUACAUUUUUCUAUUGUAAUUAUUAGAUUGUUUUUAUUAUAAUAAUGUAUGUUGUCAAUGCUUGACUUGGACUAAGAUGGGAGCCGGUACUAAUUAUAUUUACAAUGGGGCAAAAAAAUAUUUAGUCAGUCACCAAUUGUGCAAGUUCUCCCACUUAAAAAGAUGAGAGCGGCCUGUAAUUUUCAUCAUAGGUACACUUCAACUAUGACAGACAAAAUGAGAGAAAAAAUCCAGAAAAUCACAUUGUAGGAUUUUUAAUGAAUUUAUUUGCAAAUUAUGGUGGAAAAUAAGUAUUUGACCUCUCACUUUGGUACAAAGAGAAGAUUCAAAUGGGAGGCAGGCCUACACACAAACUAUAAUGUAUGGGCCAUUUGCUAAAUAUUUUUUAUAAUUUAAUUAGCAGUCACCAUUUUUAUUUUAUUCCAGGCUUUAUUAAAGAAUUCCACAAACGGAAAUACACAAAGGACAGUUUCUCCUCAUGGCUCAGCCACAUAAUGCCAGGGUAUAUCUGGUGGGCUUUCUCCUCAUGGCUGAGCCACAUAAUUCCAGGGUAUAUCUGGUGGGCUUUCUCCUCAUGGCUGAGCCACAUAAUUCCAGGGUAUAUCUGGUGGGCUUUCUCCUCAUGGCUGAGCCACAUAAUUCCAGAUUAUAUCUGGUGGGCUUUCUCCUCAUGGCUGAGCCACAUAAUGCCAGGGUAUAUCUGGUGGGCUUUCUCCUCAUGGCUGAGCCACAUAAUGCCAGAUUAUAUCUGGUGGGCUUUCUCCUCAUGGCUGAGCCACAUAAUGCCAGGGUAUAUCUGGUGGGCUUUCUCCUCAUGGCUGAGCCACAUAAUUCCAGGUUAUAUCUGGUGGGCUUUCUCCUCAUGGCUGAGCCACAUAAUGCCAGGGUAUAUCUGGUGGGCUUUCUCCUCGUGGCUGAGCCACAUAAUGCCAGGGUAUAUCUGGUGGGCUUUAUUCUCAUGGCUGAGCCACAUAAUUCCAGGUUAUAUCUGGUGGGCUUUCUCAUCAUGGCUGAGCCACAUAAUGCCAGGGUAUAUCUGGUGGGCUUUCUGGAAUAAGGACACGUGCAUAAUGUGGUAGAAAGGGCCAUAGAGGAUCAUAUUAAUAGAAUUCUCUAUUUCUUUGAGGUCACAAUAGUUAAAUGGUGUUUCCUCUUCCAUUCCACCACAAUACCGACCUGUUUCAAUACACAGAGACAAUAUCCCUAAUCUUACAUAGCGAUCUCUUGCUUUUCGGGAGGUUGUACAUUAUAUUUCUUACACAGAAAUUCCCCCUUAAUGAAAGGGUUUAUGAUUUAAUCUCCUCCAAUUAUUUAUUUUCAUAUUGCAUCAUCAGUUGUGUUUUAAUAGUGUCUAUGUCUCACUUCAUUUGGUUUUCGUACAACUGUUCACAGUCAGACUGUUGGAAAAUGUCAGACAUUUCAGUUGUCCAGGCUCCCCCUAUAGAGAGAUCCCAUUGAAAAAUGCUGCUGGCUAUUCUGGCAAUUGGCAUAUCCAAAAGUCUAUUCCAAAGUCUCACCAUACACUCCUUCCAUCUCACCUCACAGGAAUCCCAGCCCAUGUCCCAGUUAUUUCCAGUAUAGGUGCAAACUUGUGGAGACCUAAAAAAAUAACGUACUGCUCUGUUAUGGACGUGUUCAUUUUUGAGAUACCUCUUAGCACCCCACACUCCUGCUGAAUGGUCCAGGACAGGACACACGCAUGUCUGAUACAGUUUGGAGUACGUAGCAUAACCAAUAUCUUUGAGUGCUUUUGUUUUUCCUAGAACUCCCCCAGGAGCUCUACUUGCUGAGUCGGCCCGGGCAGAUGUGCCGUAUAGAAAGGUCAUAUGUUCAUCAAAAUAAAGACCAAAUAUUUAGAAUGGCUAGUAACCUUGCAUUUCUUCACUAAAACACACCUGAAAAACGCUUCUCUUGGUACCCGGUUUUCUAAAAUGCAAUAUCUGUAUGUUUUUCUGAUUGAUCAUGCGUCUCCAUCUUUUGCAAUAAUUGACUGUACAUAAUACCAUUUUCUGUAGGUCUUGUUCGGUUUCUGCCAUUAAAAUAUCAUAUCUUACUCCAA